AUGCGAUGCCUAGAACGUCCUCAGUUUACAGGUUUCAUCCCUUGAGCUGUCUCCGCUCCAAGCAGCACACGCCCUUUGACACGGCAAUAAAUGCUGGCUUGGACAGGGAUGCCCACUUUCCAUGAGCAAAUAAAUGAAUUAAAAAAAGCUACGAUGUGGAGAAGACCAUGCAGCGUGACAGUGGAAAAAGUUGUAGUUCUGUAAUGAUUAUUAUACCAAGUAAUAUAAUGGGAAUCAAGUAUGGGUGAACUAGACCUGUAACCAGCCAGAAUGGGACAUGCAGGAAACAGGAGGAAGCGGUGAGUGGUUAUCGUGUCGGCAAAGUGAAUGGGGAAUCUGGAGAAAAGGCCAAUCUGUAGGUUGCGGGAGUGGAUAAGGGGUCAGUCUCAGGUAUUACCCAAUGAUACCACAUCCAAAUGCCAAGAUGCUGAUAUGGACUUCAUGGCAUUGGAGCAGACUGUGAGCACUGGAUUGGAUAACUUAUACCAAGCGGGAAAUUUGCAAAAGGAUGGACCAGUGACACUGCCCAAUGGUCACUUGGCCAGGAGCCAGCCUGGACCAUGGGCCACAUCAGUGAUUCCAAGGUCACAGCCUGUUCACAUACAAGUAAAAAGGCAGCUAAAGGAGGAGGAGCUUCAAACAACAUCACUCCCAACUAUCCCGAAUCCUUUCCCCGAACUCUGCAGCCUGUCAAAUUCCCCAAUCCUCAACAAUGAGUCCAAACCUCCAGCAAGUGGAGACAUACACGUUAUUACUAUCUUCAGUGAAGAUGGAAUGAAGAGGUCACUUGAGGUCACAGCUGCAGUGAAAGCGCGGGAUGUUUGUCACAUCCUGGUCGAGAGGAAUCGCUACCUCAAUGAGGACAGCUGGACCCUGGUGGAGGCUCACCCCAACAUUGCACUGGAGAGGUGCCUAGAGGAUCAUGAGUCACUGAUUGAGGUGCAGAAAACCUGGCUGAAUAACAGUGGCAGCAGGUUCAUUUUCAGAAAACAUUAUGCAAAAUAUGAAUUCUUCAGGAAUCCUGAGCCAUUUUUCCCAGUGCAAUUGGUAGCAGGAAGUCUGGAUGCCAAUGCAGGAGUUCCACACUCACAGCUUAUACAGAAUUUUCUAAAUGCUCAGAACUGUCCUGAGAUUCAGGGUUUUCUCCACAUUAAGGAUAAAGGAAAGAAAACGUGGAGACGUUUGUAUUUCUUCCUGAGGAGAUCUGGGCUGUAUUACUCCACAAAGGGGAUGUCCAAGGAACCGAGGCACCUUCAGUAUUUUGCCGACGUGAAUGAGUGUAACAUUUACACAGUAACAAACAGAAAGAUGUACAACACACCAACAGAUUUUGGAUUCUGCAUAAAGUUUUACAGGUCAGACAAUGGCCGGAACGAUUUGGGAGUGUUGUGCUCAGAGGAUGAGCAAAGUCGCACAUGUUGGAUGACAGCAUUCCGCCUCUUCAAGCUGGGUGAGCAGCUCUGCCUCAAUUAUCAGAUAACGCAGCAAAAGAAGAAACCACAAUCCUGGAUGCAACCAUCCAUCAUGACAAAUGUUUCAGAGAGUUGCCUCGUUCCAAUGGAUUUCUCCGGAUGCACAGGGCGUGUAAUUGAGAACCCAAAAGAAGCUUCGUCAGUGGCCGAGGAGGAAGCACAGGCUUGGAGGAAGAAAGGAGCCCAGAGGCACAGCUUGCCCAGCCCAUGCCAAGGCUCAGUACUCAGUGCAGCAAUACACAGGAGUCAGCCCUGGUUUCAUGGACGGAUCUCGAGAGAAGAAGCUCACAGACUGAUUAUCCAACAUGGUCACAUUGAUGGUGUUUUCCUGAUUAGAGAGAGCCAAAGGACACCCAAAGGUUUCGUGCUGACACUCAGCCACCACCACAAGACCAAGCACUUCCUGGUUGUUCCGUGCGAGGAGGAUGGUCAAACGUACUUCACUGUGGAUACCGGGCAGACCAAAUUCACCGACCUCAUUCAGCUGGUGGACUUCUAUCAGAUCAACAGAGGCGUGUUACCAUGCAGCCUGAAACAUUACUGUACCCGUGUGCCACUGUAACCACGGCCUUUCCUUGUCCACCAUCAAACACUGCCUUGUGUACCUGCCCUAUUCAUGCACUUGCUAUGCAGCACUGUUUCCUUAACCUGUGCUCUUGGUGAUUUACUAAUUACUCUGCAGAGCUCACCCAGGGUACGGUUACAGUGGAUGUGAAGGAAAAUCUCAUUCAUACCUGUUGUUCAAUUUCUUAGCGACUUUUUGAAGAAUUUCACAAUUUUUUGAAAUGACUUCAGAUCUCACCUGCCUGAAUAUCCAGGAGGUUCCUCAGUCUGAAAGUCAUGGAGAUCACGGGUUGAUCCUUUCAGAAAGGUUUUGUGAUUUAGGGUCACAGGACAAACACUGCUUUUAGGGUAGAAAAAUAUGUUGUGGUAAAUAGAAACAUUAUUUAAUCAGAAUUGUCUCUUGGGAUAGAGGGUGAAACGAUAGAAGUCUCCAGAGAGACAGACCAGUGUGAGACCAGUUCUCAUGUGUUUGACAGGAAUGUGUGUAACUGUCCCAAUGGAAGGCACACGACACACAAUAUCUCAUGCAGUGUGUCAGUCAUGUAAAUCACAUGAUCAAAUCCGUAUCCCAGAGGCUUGUCCAAACACGUCAGGAGCAAUCACUAAUACACAUACACAGCUGUACAAUACCACCUGCAGAAUACUCUUACCUGUAAAACAGCAACAGCUUUGUUUAUUUAAUACAAUCAACACUAAAAAAAUCAGAAAUGCUGUAAAUAUUACAUGGAUCUCUCUUACACACAGCUCCUGUGAUUAGCCAUAUAAACAGAGCCUAACAACUAUCGACCAGAGCAAUGUAUUCCCAAAAAGAUGCAGCAGCGAGAGGCUGAGGGUGAGUGUGACCAGGGGCUAGAACUAAGAUGGGGAUGAUGAGGGAAGAAAGAGGAACAGUGCAUUUGGAGUGGAGGAGUGCAUGACUGGGGCCAGUGAUUGUGGAACUGGAGUUGUGAAGAGAAAGUGAGCACUGGUGAGGGUUGGGCUCAAAGACAGUGAGCAGGAUUGAUCAAGUUUAUGCUGUGCUAUAGAUUACUUGUAUCUAGUUCUCAACACUGCAUAAUGUUAAAGAAGCUUUAACAACACUGUAUGUACUCUUACAGAUUAUUUGAAUCGUCACAUUAAAGUAAUUUAAAUAUCUUUUUACUGUCACAGAUGAUUUUUAUCAGCAGUGUGAGCUGUAAAUGGCACCAGUCUGACCUUCAGUCAGAUGCAGCCUCUGUGGGUAGUGAUGUGGGGGUCAGUGGGAAAACCAGCAUUUAUUGCCCCUCACUAAUUGGUCCUGACUGAGUUGCUAGCUAGACCUUUUCAUUGGGUAGAUAAGAGCCAGUCACUUUGUUGUGGGUUGCAUUAGCUGGGUAAGGAUGGCACAUGUACUUCUGCAAUUUGCUUUAGUGAACCACCUAGGUUUUAUUGAUGAUAAUUUCAUGGACUUAAUGUCACUUUUUUUCUAUAAAUUAAGUUCCACCAGCUACCAUUGGACAUUAAUGAGUCUCUGAGUUAUUACUUCAGUGACAUUAUCAUGUUUCUCUGAUUGUGUAGGUUUCCCUGUGAGUUAGUUAAAGAUAUCUCUGCAUUGUGACCAGAGCAAUUAAACAAAGACAUGUGGAGCAUUUUCACUGGUUAAUCCAUUCAAUGAGCUUCACUCAAGCCUGGUCUGGGCCAAAGUGAAAACUCAGACAGUGGCAGAGUUUUUAAUGUAAUUUAUUAUUCUCUGAUAUUGUCAGAAAUGUAAUUUGUUUCCAAUAAUCAAUGACUGAGACUUUAUAUUGCAGGAGGGUAGUUUUAUUUUCAGUAGUUCUAAUGAGCUAAUGUAGAGAAUGGUCUCUAUUUCGUCUGCCUGCAGCCUGUUUUUAUUUCAGAGAAGCAGGAACAACAGAAACAUAAAUUUGUUCCGCUGAGACAGGGAUGCAUAAUUUGUUCCUCUGAGACAGGUAAGAAGGGGUAAGAUUAAGGAGCCUUGGAUGACGGGUACAGAGGUGCUUCUUGUCCAAAAGAAAAAGGCGGCUUACGUAAGGUGGAGGAAGCAAGGGUCUAGCACAGCUUUAGAGGAUUACAGGCUUGCUCAGAAGGAGCUCAAAAGUGGACUGAGGAGGGCCAGGAUGGGGCACGAUAAAGGCUUGGCAGGAAGGAUUAGGGAGAACCCAAAGGCAUUUUACUCAUAAGUGAGGAAUAAGAGAAUGAUCAGGGAGAAGGUAGGGCCGAUCAGGGAUAGUGUAGGGAACUUGUGCGUGGAGUCUGAGCAGAUAGGGGAAGCCAUAAAUGAGUUUUUUGCUUCAGUUUUCACUAAGGGAAGGGACCUUGUUGUGAAUGAGAACUUUGAGGAGCAGGAAACAGGCUUGAACAGAUCAAGAUUGAGGAAGUUGAUGUGCUGGAAAUUUUGACAAACAUUAAGAUUGAUAAGUCCCCAGGAUCAGACCAGAUUUAUCCUAGGUUGCUCCGGGAAGUGAGAAAGGAGGUUGCUAAGCCACUGGCGAAGAUCUUUGCUUCCUCACUCUCCACGGGAGUUGUACCGGAAGAUUGGAGGAAGGCAAAUGUUGUUCCUCUUUGCAAGAAAGGGAAUAGGGAAAUCCCUGGAAAUUACAGACCAGUCAGUCCUACGUCUGGGGUCAGCAAGGUUUUGGAAAGAAUCCUGAGGGAUAGGAUUUACGACUAUUUGGAAAAGCAUAGCGUGAUUAAAGGGAGUUAGCAUGGCUUUGUGAGGGGCAGGUCAUGCCUCACAAAUCUUAUUGAGUUCUUUGAGGAGGUCACGAGACAGGCUGACGAGGGUCGAGCAGUGGAUGUGGUGUACAUGGACUUCAGCAAGGCAUUUGAUAAUGUUCCCCACGGCAGGCUCAUUCAUAAAUACAGGGUGAUUUGGCUGUCUGGAUGCAGAAUUGGUUGGCUGACAGGAAGCAGAGAGUGGGUGUAGAUGGUAAGCAUUCUGCCUGGAGGUCAGUGCUGAGUGGUGUCCCACAGGGCUCUGUUCUUGGGUCUCUGUUCUUUGUAGUUUUUAUAAAUGACUUGGAUGAGGAGGUUGAGGGGUGGGUUAGUAUGUUUGCUGAUGACACAAAGGUUGGAGGUGCCGUUGAUAGUAUCGAGGGCUAUUGCAGGCUUCAGCGAGACAUUGACAGAAUGCAGAGCUGGGCUGAGAAGUGGCAGAUGGAGUUCAACCUGGAUAAAUGCGAAGUGAUGCAUUUUGGAAGGUUGAACUUAAAUGCUGAAUAUAGGAUUAAAGGCAGGAUUCUCGGCAGUGUGGAGGAACAGCGGGAUCUUGGUGUUCAAGUGCAUAGCUCCCUCAAAGUUGCCACCCAGGUGGAUAAGGUUGUUAAGAAAGCAUAUGGUGUUUUGGCUUUCAUUAACAGGGGGAUCGAGUUUAAGAGCCGCGAGGUUAUGCUGCAGCUCUACAAAACCCUGGUGAGACCACACUUGGAAUAUUGUGUCCAGUUCUGGUCGCCCUAUUAUAGGAAAGAUGUGGAGGCUUUGGAAAGGGUGCAAAGGAGGUUUACCGGGAUGCUGCCUGGACUGGAGGGCUUGUUUUACGAGUAGAGGUUGACUGAGCUCGGACUUUUCUCACUGGAGAGAAGGAGGAAGAGAGGUGACCUGAUCGAGGUGCACAAGGUAAUGAGAAGCAUGGAUAGAGCCGAUAGCCAGAGACUUUUCCCCAGGGCAGGAUUGACUGCCACGAGGGGUCAUAGUUUUAAGGUGUUAGGAGGAAGGUAUAGAGGAGACGUCAGAGGGAGGUUCUUCACCCAGAGAGUUGUGAGAGCAUGGAAUACUUUGCCAGCGGUAGUCGUGGAAGCGGAGUCAUUAGUGACAUUUAAGCGACUGCUGGACAUGCACAUGGACAGCAGUGAAUUGAGGGGAAUGUAGGUUAGUUUAUUUUAUGUUUGGAUUAGGAUUAAUCCACAGCACAACAUCGUGGGCCGAAGGGCCUGUACAGUGCUGUACUUUCUUAUGUUCUAUCUAUAACAUUCUAGUGGUGCCCAGUAAACAGAAGCUGGGAGCUCCCUCCUUCUGUUCACUAGACUGAAAGUUAAGACCAUUAUCAAUAUCACGAUGGGGUCAGUAUCCAAAUCAGUGCGAACACAAAAACAGCAAAGCGACAGAGCGGAACCUAACUGAAUGACAUGGGUCAUGGUGAGAUAUUUGUCAGAACUGGGUGAAAUGCUUGCCCAUCCCAACACAACAUCCCCAGUUUAAACAUAGAAUAUAAAAUGGUUCGGCACCGGAAAAGGCCCUUUGGCCCACCAUGUCUGUACUGGCCAUGAUGCCAUUCGAAGCUAAUCCCAUCUGCCUGCAUAUGCUGUGUAGCUCUCUAUUCUGUAUCAGUUCAUGUGUUGGUCUAAAUGCCUCUCAAACACAACUAUCAUAUUUGCUUCUACCAGCUCCCAUGGCACGGUGUUCCAGGCACCUACCAACCUCUGAGUAAAAUCCAUGCCUCACACAUCUCCUUUAAACUUAGCCCCCCCUCAGCUUGAAACUAUGACCCUAGUAUUCAACAUUUCCACUCUGAGAAAAGGACUUUGACUAUCCACCUUAUCCAUGCCUCUCAUAAUUUUACAUAGUUCUCUCAGGCCACCCCUCAGCCUCCGACAUUGUAGCGAGAACAAUCCAAAUUUAUCUAACCUCACCUUAUAGCUAAUCAACUCCAAGCCAUGCAUUAUCUUGGUAAAUGUCUUCUGCACCCUUUCCAAAGCCUCCACGUCCUUCCUAUAGUGUGGUGACCAGAACUGUACAGAAUACUCCAAAUGUGACCGAACUAAAGUUUAUACUGUUUGCUCAAGCGCAGUGGCAAGAUUGUUGCCAGGAAGUGAUGAAUUCCCAAUUAAUGUUCUGUAUUGUUUCUUAGCAACCCAAUUUGCCACAGUUUGCAUAGCCAUACAAACUCAACGUCAGAAAGCUUGACUUGGAGACUAGAACAGCAACUUGACAGCUCCCAACAACGCUCACAUUCCCCAUAGGCAAGUACAGGUCAUGACCCAUGACCACUCCGCACACUCUUUCACCACAUGCAUUUACACCAGACUUUCGCAAACCCAUUACCACCAUUUCACUCAGUGCCCUGGCAUUGCACCCUGGAAUCCUACAAUGAGACACAGCUGUGACACAGGAGAGGCAGCAGCCCAUGGUUUGGAUCAAGCUGCUUACAAGGCCUACCUCCUUGAUCUCUUGGUGCACACUCACCUGGUACCUACUGGCAUAGUUGUAGCAUGCCAUACCCUGUCUUGCCACAGUAUCAUAACAGACCACAAGAAAAAUGAACAAAAGUAGGUCAUGCAGCACCUUGACCCUGCUUCACCAUUCAAAUUAUCACGGCUGAUCUGACACUCCUCGCAUCCACUUUCUUUCCCCCUUGAAAGCUUCACUUAUCAAGAAUUUAUUGAUCUUAGCCUUUAAUAUACAGAUGGACUGUGCCCUUCACAGCUCUCUGUGGCAAGGGGUUCCAAAGACUCUCAACCUUCUGAGAGAAGAAAUUCCUCCUUAACUCAGUCUUAAAUUGGUACCCCUUUACUCUGAGACUGUGCUCCCUGGUCAUAGACUCUCCCGUGAGGGAAAACCUCCUGUCAGCCUUUACUCUGUAAAGCUCCUGCCUGGCCCUGCCAUGCAAUGCAGUGGCAGUUGGAGCAGUCAGACAUCCAGGCAGAUGGCAGUGCUGUCAGCUGUGCCCAGUCAGUGUCACCUGGCAGCUGCAAUUGCCCAUUCAUCCUGUAUCCACCACGAGGACUGAGAUGUGUCUGAAAGGCUUAGGGGAGGAGGCCACAGCCAAUUGCAGGAGGGGCUUAUUGGUCAGACCAUAUUGACAAUAGAUAGUCAGUAUAAGAAGAGGGAGCCGAGGGUGAGAGAGGGGUUUGGGAGUGAAGGUAUGGGGGAAGAGGGAACCGAGGGUGAGAGAAGUGUUUGGGAGUGAAGGUGUGGGGGAAGAGGGAACCGAGAGCAAGAGAGGGGUUUGGGAGUGAAG